GGCUUCCGGCGGAAGCGGAAAUAGCGUGUGAGCUGUACGGCAGCAUGGCGGCGCGCGGCGAUGCGGGGCAAUAUGGCGGCGUGCAUGGCACUGCGCGUGAGAAAAUGGCCUGGAAAAUUCGAUGCGACUCGACAGGCACGAAUAGACCUGGAGGGGGGAAAUAAUUUGGCCACGUAACCCUGGAGAUAAAACGCCCUCGGCCGCUGAUUUUCACGGCCCCCCUCAGCCUGACAUCUUCAGCUCAGCCCAGACGUUCCCAACCGGUGUCAGUCGGAGUCCUCAAACGCCGAAGGCGCUUCCUUCGGAGUCCUCAAAAGCCAAAGGCUUCAGCUUCUCGUGCCAGAGAAACCUCUCCCGCCGCGUCGCGCGGCUUGCUUGCCUGCGGAGGAUUUGCUUAUCGACGCCGACGAGCGAUUUAGGAGCCCGUCUCAGGGUGCAACUGGGGAGCAACUGCUUCAGAACGUCCUGGAGGCUUUGGAAAGGAAGCUGCCAGCUUGUGUGUCUUGCGGGCAGAGCUCCCAGCAAGGAUACCGCGUCCUGGUCCUUAGGGUUUGAGAACUGGCAUCUACUUCUCCGAGCCUCUGAGACAAUGCAAACCAGAAAUCAAUGCUGUCCCUUUUUGGAGAGGGAAGAUUUCUGCACAAACAGGAGUUCCUUGGGAUCACCACGCGACCAAAAUGCUCGGUGCUAUCCACACCGCUAUCUAUAGAUGCUGAGCCUGCAGGUUCUCGCUCGCAGACCCAGCUACCGUGUCCUCUAAACAACCCGUGGGAGAUGCUGGCACCUCCGCAGGGUGGCCCGAUGUCACCAGGUCAGACCUCUGUUUCUAUUCCUCCUCCGGAGGAUCCUGUUCCUGCGAUGACUAUAUAGGGAUCCACCGGCCCCCCUUCCACCUCGGCAUUUAAACCGGCUAAAAUUAGGCGGUGGGAAGGUCCCUUCCCCGCUGCCAGCACAGCUGUCAUGCCCAUGACGGCUCUUCCAGCUCGGUGCAGACGCACAAAGCCUCCAGCGAGUCUGGGUACCUGCUUCCCAGGGCACUGCGGUCCCAGGACCUGCCAAAAUCUCUAGCACAGAUAACCCCCACGCACACAACCAUCGCAGCCCGCGUGCCCCGGGAGCAAAACAACCUCAGUUAGGCCAACUUCAGCAUUACAGAAAAUCAACUCUGCAGGUCUUGGGUGACAAAGCUCUUGGACGUGGUUCCAGUUAGGGAGUAAACGUGAUGAUGGAGUCAGGGAAAAGGAAUGCAGAUCUUGAAGAAUGGGAUGCAAAAAUCAGGAAGUUAGCAGAAGAGUUUGAAGAAAGCGACACAGAACUUGAGGAAUGUGACACAGAAAAUGAAAUAGGUGAACUUACAGCAGAAAUUGACAGUCUGACUGCAGAGCUUGAGGAACGGGAUAGAAAAAUUAGCAAGCUCACAUCAGACUUGGGUGAAUGUGAUGCAAAAAUCAAGGAACGUGACAGAAAAAUUACCAAGCUCGCAGCAGAAAUACGCAGACUCACCGCACUGCUUGGGGACCGGGACUCGAGGCUUCGGAAACUCACUGCAGAACUUGCAAAAUGUGAUGCAACGAUUAGGAUAUUUACGGUGGAGCUCGGAGAGCGGCACACAAAAAUAGGUGAACUUACUGCAGACGUCGGGGACUGCAAUAGAAAACUUCGGCAACAUGCAGCAGAACUUGAGGAACGGGACGAGAAAAUCAGGGAAAAUGAAGUGGAGAUAAGGCGCCUUACUGAGCUGCUGGAGGACCGGGAUUCGGAAGUUCGAAAACAGGAUGCUGUCAUUAGAAAACUAACGGAGGAGCUUGAGGAAUUAAAGGAUCGGAAAGCUGAUGAGUCUUCUGAGGAGCUUGAGGAGAGUGAUACAGAAAGGGACAAACUCACCGAAGAACUUGAUGAAGUCACAGAAGAACUUGGGGAACGUGAUAAAAAAAUAGAGGAAAUCACUGAAGAGCUUGCUGAACGGACUGCACAGAUCAAUGAACUCACUACAGAGCUGGGAGAACGUGAUACCAAAAUUGACGAACUGUCUGCAGAAAUCGAAAAACGUGAUAGAAAAAUUGAUGAACUCACUGCAGAGCUUGAGGAAUACAAAGCAAAAAUCCGAAAAUGCAUUGCAGAGCACAGGAAAGAGGAAGAAAAAAUGGCAAACGUGACGCUGGACCCGGAGACAGCCCACCCUCGCCUCAUCCUCUCCAAGGACCAGAAGAGCGUGAGAUGGGAAUACAUGCUGCAGGAGUCUCCCGACAGCCCUGAGCGGUUUGACGCCGAUCCUUGCGUGCUGGGUUGCGAAGCCUUCACCUCCGGGAGACACUACUGGGUGGUGGAUGUAGCCGAGGGACAGUACUGCGCCGUCGGGGUCAGCAAAGAGUCUCUGCAGAGGAAGGCACCCGUCAGCUUUAAUCCCGAGGAAGGGAUCUGGGCGGUGCAGCAAUGGGGAUUUAAGAACCGUGCCCUCACCUCCCCUCCAACCCUCCUUAACCUGCCGCGGGUCCCCAAAAAGAUCCGGAUCUCUCUAGACUACGAAUGGGGGGAGGUGGCGUUCUUUGACGUUGAGAACAAAAUACCGAUCUUCACUUUUCCUCCGGCUUCCUUCGCUGGGGAGCGGAUCCGGCCGUGGUUCUGGGUGGAGUUGGGCUCGAUCUCUCUGGUCCGAUGACCCUUGCGUUCCUCCUUGUGCAGAGAGCUUGGCGCCGGCAGUGAGCGGGUGGCUUGAAGGGCAGGAGGAGUGGUGGAAGCACCUUACUCCAUCCAGACACCAACAGCUAGGUGGUUAAGAGCAGCAGGAUAGAGACCAGGAUAGAAGUGCUCUUGGGAAGAGCAGCAUCAAACCUCAUUCUCCCCCAUUCCCAAUCGAGUGCUGCAACCGUCAUCGUGCAAAGGAAAGGCAGCCCAUCCUGCAUGUCCUCAACAUACGGUGGCAGAAGGUCUGCCUAGCUGGUAGUUGCAGUUCCAGCAUAGAGGAACAUCAAAUGACCAGCAGAGAGACGUAGGCUUCUCCUUUGGUUGAUGAAAAGAGGUGGGCACCAGGGUAGGUCACUGUUCACACUGCCUGCGUCACCUGAGUGGGAGUGCAGGCUCCCACCAGCAUUUUCUUCUCAUCAGUUGAUGGUUGAUGUGUAGAUUUCAACCAUUUGAGCCGCUUUUAUAGUAGGCAGAGGGAAAUAAGUGCUUCUGGUGAGCAGCUCAUCUCAUCCAGACAUAGACAUCAAAAUAGGGCAGGCAAAUCGUGCUUUCUGUGUGCCUAUCUCUCUUCACCAACUGUUGAAGAAGUCUACACUUGGAAGAGAUUAAACAACUCUCCUUCGCCCAACCUGCAUACAAAUCCAGGCCCUUUGCCCUUGGCCAAAGAAAGGACAUGGCAAACCCUCCGUGGCUGUCCUCAGAGCUCCAAGGUCAAUGCCUGUCAUUGCCUGGUCAAGAGCCUGAUCAAUGCUGUCAGCUUCGUGCACCGACAUCUCCACAGAUUUCCUCCCCAAACGCUCCAGCCACUGUGCUGCUGGUCAAGGCAUUGCUCCUGUAAUCCUUUAUACCAGGUCCUCUGGCAGGACUCAAAUCUGGUCCGGGCAGAUGAUUUUAUUCCAGCUGAGUUAGCCAGAGUCCAUGAGUUUAGCUCAGCCUUUGGGAGAAGUGAGAGAAGCCUGGAUUCAAGACCAAGCAGGCGUCAUGCCCUCAGGUGAAAACUGGGGUGCCAGACUUCCAGACCAUACGGAUUAAAGGUUUAAAGAGGCUCCCGCCAGCAUGGAGCUCUGCAUCCUGUUGCCAAUAAAGCUUCCAGUGAGGUACUGGGAGCUCUAAAACUAGAUUCAUGGGGAGGGUCAAGCCAGUGCUUGAGAACAGCAUGGGGCCAGCCAUGCUGGAAGGUGGGCGAUUAGGGACAUCUCUAAAGCUGCUAGAGGGGAUGGAUGGGACGGUCUUCCCCUUUCACGACAUCUCACUGCACUUUAAUAGCACCGGUGAAUUCCUCUUUAAUCCCUGCUUGUUCUUAGCCACCUGUAAAGCCUUAAAUCUUGUCUUUUGCCCCACCAUGGGACAGCCAACUCGUUGUUCCCAUCUGACAAUAAACCACUUGAGACUCGCCA